UGGGCGGUGAGUGUGAGACGGAGAGCAGUUUGAACCAUAGCAGCGCCGAGGCGGAAAUAUUGAAAUUGUUUCGAAAUUUACAGUCGGGGCGAAAUUAAAUUGUACGAUUCCCAUCCACAGACGCGGUCUCUUUGGUGCUACAGCCAGGCCUAAAGUGAGGGGAACGGCAGCUCCUUCUGUUUGCCGUCUCUGGAUACGUAAAGCCGGUGUCGCGCAAAGUGAAUCGCUCCCUCGUCCCGAGCUAACUGCUAACUAGCCGCCGAGCUAACGUUACAGCUAGCCGGAACACGGAGCCAGCUAAUCCCGAACACAAAGGACGACUUUGCCCGUGUUUGUCAUAUUGAUCCCGAAUAACUCCGUUGAAUGAGGACGGAGCCUCCUGUGCAGGUUGAUCAUGGUGCUCACAGGGAAGCGCUCGGAGAAAGGUCCCGCCUGCUGGAAGCGGAGGGUGAAGUCAGAGUACAUGAGGCUUCGGCAGCUCAAACGCUUCAGACGGGCCGACGAGGUCAAGAGCAUGUUCAACACCAAUCGUCAGAAAAUCAUGGAGCGAACGGACAUUUUGAACCAGGAGUGGAAGACCAGGCGGAUCCAGCCCGUUCACAUCAUGACGUCCGUCAGCUCUCUGAGAGGCACCCGAGAGUGUACAGUGGACAGCGGUUUCUCCGAGUUUCCCAGGCAGGUCAUCCCCCUGAAGACCCUCAACGCUGUGGCCUCUGUCCCGGUCAUGUACUCCUGGUCACCGCUGCAGCAGAACUUCAUGGUGGAGGAUGAAACGGUGCUCCAUAACAUCCCCUACAUGGGAGACGAGAUCCUGGACCAGGAUGGUACUUUCAUAGAGGAGCUCAUUAAGAACUAUGACGGCAAAGUCCAUGGAGACAGAGAGUGCGGCUUCAUCAACGACGAGAUCUUCGUGGAGUUGGUCAACGCUCUGUCACAGUACAGUGACAACGAGGAUGAUGAGGAGGAGGAAGAGCAGGACUUCAAGGUAGACAAGAUGGAGAUGUGUGACGGCAAGGAGCACGCAGAGGACCCCCGCAAGGAUGGGCUCAUUAACAGUGAGAGCCGAACCAGCAACGACAGCACCAAGAAGUUUCCCUCUGACAAGAUUUUUGAAGCCAUCUCCUCCAUGUUCCCGGACAAGGGCUCCACUGAGGAGCUCAAAGAGAAGUACAAGGAGCUGACGGAGCAGCAGCUGCCCGGCGCGCUGCCGCCUGAGUGCACGCCGAACAUCGACGGUCCCAACGCUCGCUCUGUGCAGCGCGAGCAGAGCCUGCACUCCUUCCACACUCUGUUCUGCAGACGCUGCUUUAAAUACGACUGCUUCCUCCACCCUUUUCACGCAACUCCAAACACCUAUAAGCGCAAGAACUUGGAGAACCUGGUGGAAAGUAAACCCUGCGGCAUCGACUGCUACAUGUACCUGGUGCAGGAUGGGAUGGUGAGGGAGUAUCCUGCAGGUGUAGUCGCCGAGCGCCCCAAGACGCCCUCCAAACGCACGGUGGGCCGUCGCCGCGGGCGACUGCCGAACAGCAACAGCCGGCCCAGCACCCCCACCGUUUCCUCGGAAACCAAAGACACAGACAGCGACCGCGAGGGCAGCAAAGAGGACGAGCGGGACAACGACAAAGACGAUGAAGACAAGAAGGACGAGAACACCAGCAGCUCAGAGGGUAACUCGCGGUGUCAGACUCCAGUGAAGAUGAAGCUGACUGGUGAGGCUGAAGCUGUGGAGUGGAGCGGAGCCGAAGCCUCUCUGUUCAGGGUUCUCAUCGGGACGUACUACGACAACUUCUGCGCCAUCGCACGGCUCAUAGGCACCAAGACCUGCAGACAGGUUUACGAGUUCAGGGUCAAGGAGUCAAGCAUCAUCGCCCGGGCUCCAGCUGAAGACGAGGACACGCCGCCUAGAAAGAAGAAGAGGAAACACAGACUGUGGGCCACUCACUGCAGGAAGAUCCAGCUGAAGAAAGAUGGUUCGUCCAAUCACGUGUAUAAUUACCAGCCAUGUGACCACCCACGGCAGCCCUGUGACUCCUCCUGUCCCUGCAUCACUGCUCAAAACUUCUGUGAAAAGUUCUGUCAGUGCAGCUCUGAGUGUCAGAACCGUUUCCCAGGUUGUCGGUGCAAAGCCCAGUGUAACACCAAGCAGUGUCCCUGCUACCUGGCAGUGAGGGAGUGUGACCCCGACCUCUGCCUGACCUGCGGCGCUGCAGACCACUGGGACAGCAAGAACGUGUCCUGCAAGAACUGCUCCAUCCAGAGAGGAGCCAAGAAGCACCUCCUGCUGGCUCCGUCAGACGUGGCAGGUUGGGGCAUCUUCAUCAAAGAGCCGGUCCAGAAAAACGAGUUCAUCUCUGAGUACUGUGGAGAGAUUAUCUCUCAGGACGAAGCCGACCGCAGGGGAAAGGUCUACGACAAAUACAUGUGCAGCUUCCUCUUCAACCUCAACAACGACUUUGUCGUUGAUGCCACGAGGAAAGGAAACAAGAUCCGGUUUGCCAACCACUCAGUCAAUCCUAACUGCUAUGCAAAAGUGAUGAUGGUGAACGGCGAUCACAGGAUAGGGAUCUUUGCCAAGAGAGCCAUCCAGACUGGAGAGGAGCUCUUCUUCGACUACAGGUACAGCCAGGCCGAUGCUCUGAAGUACGUGGGGAUCGAGCGGGAGAUGGAGAUCGCCUGACUCUGACUUCUACCUCCUGUGGAUCAGCGACACAAAGGCCUUACACACAAACACAAACAAACACACCUUCACUUCAGGAAAUCCAGACGACUCGUCAAAACGCUCGAAAGCUUCAGGAAAACUGGGAAUAUUUGAAGCAGAAUUUUGUUGCUGUUUUUUUUUUUCAUAUCUGUUUCUCAUUUUUCUUCGUGUGAUUUUUUUUUUUUUUUUUUUUUUUUUUCCUGUCAGCAAAUCUUCCUCUUCUGUCAGGGCGGGAGUUUCGGAUUCAUAAAUCUUCCUUCAGCUGAAGGUGCAGAUCACCUA